CAGUGCCUCUGAAGCCGUGGGAGGGGAUAGACGUCGGCCGCUCCUGCUCCCUGCUCCAUGUGGCGGGCGAAACCACACACCACCUUGAGAAUCGAAGCCCGCCACGUAAGCCUCCACCCUCGAGUGCCAGCCAGUCGAGGAGCAGCACACGAGGAGGACGUUACGAGUAUUAGAAAGUGAAGAUUAUAAUGAAAAUAUUUACCCACAACGUUAUCGAGGAAAGAAGAAUUGUGGCCGAGAAAAUGCUAUAAAGAAGUGGAGGAGGAGGAGGAGGAGGAGGAGAAGGAGGAGGUGCAGGAGAAGGAGCAAGAGAUAAGACUCAACAGGGCAUAAAAGGAUAGAUAGAUGAGAGGAAAGAGACUAAGACUAAGAGAGAGAUAAGAAGUUUGCCUGCCUGCUAAUCUGUCUAUCUCCGCCGCCUGUCUGUCAUCGCCUCACACACACACACACACACUAUUUGAAUGUGACAGAAAGAAAAUGAAAUAAGCCAACAACGGAGCUUCACAUUAACCCCCAAAACACAAACAACUCACGUAUAUUAUGACGUGACAAGGAAAGAAACAACCCACAUUAAUAUAGUUCCUCUCUUUCUCUCUCUCUCUUUUUCCUCUUUCUGUCUUUCUCUCUCUCACUUCAGCGAUCUUCAAUUUCCCUCCACAACAAGGCCAGUACGUAACCUGGAUUUAUCUCCUCUCCGUAGCCGAUAAAUCCCCCGGCGAACCAACAAAAGCCGCAACACGAGGAAGAGAAGCAAGGAACUGAACUCCACCGCGAAUUGAGAAGAUAGGGGAAGGACACAGAGAGACACACACAGACACAGACUUCUUAAUAGCUUCCAGUGAGUAAAGAGAAGAGAGACACUGGCGCCGCUGCAAGGGGGUCAUAAAGCGCCAUCAGGAGGAGUAAACACGAUAUAGUAAUGUAAUAUAGAAAGACUGAAGCCAUUUUUUUCACUUAUUACCGACGGAACGUUAACAAGUGGAGGACUAAAUUAACCUAACCUAUCCUAACCUAAUCCUUCACCACGUCACCACAAGAAAAAAAAUAAGAAGAAUCUGAAACUGCAAAUUCAUAAUGGGUUCAAAAGCUACUACUUCUGCUACUGCUGCUGCUACUUCUGCUGCCACGAGGACGCCGCCGCUGCUUCGCCCUUCCCUGCACCGCCACCUGCUCCUCCUGCUUCUCUCCUCGCUCCUCGCCAGGCCAGGAUCAGCGCUUAAGUGGAUCCGAUUUCACGUGCCGGAGUGGGCGGUGCGAGGCGGGGAGGUGAUGCUAACGUGCCAGUUCGACCUUGCACAGGACCGCCUCUACUCCGUCAAGUGGUACAAGGCAGGGCGUGAGUUCUAUCGCUACGUGCCCGCCGAGAAGCCGCCCAAGCAAGCCUUCCCCUUCAAAGGAGUGACGGUGGAUACGGAGAAGAGCAACGCGCAGCACGUGGCUCUGAGCGGCGUCACUCUGGACACUGCGGGCCGCUACAAGUGUGAAGUGCUGACGGAGGCGCCGCUCUUCAAAACACUCGUCAAGUCCUCAACUCUCAUGGUGUACGAGCUUCCAGACGGGGGCCCCAAGGUGCAGGGGGGCCAGGAGCAGUACAGGACAGGUGAGGUGGUAAAUCUCACGUGCGAGGCUCCUAAAUCCAUCCCAGCCACCACCCUCACCUGGUACAUCAAUGACCAGCAGGCGCCGCAGGACUACCUAGUGGAGUAUCACCCUCACCCAGAUGCCGAGGGUCGCGUUGCCUCCCGCCUGGGCCUUCGCUUCAACGCCCAGGAGUGGCAUUUUCCUGACGGUCGGCUGGCCCUUCGCUGCUCCGCCUCCCUUCACCCACUCUACCGCGAGGAGGCGCACCACGAGGGUAUUGUGGCGCCUCGGAGCCCUCUCAGCUUGGGCCAUGAUGCUAGUGGUUGUGCACUCGGUAUGGUGAAUGUGGUGAUGAUGGUGGUGAGUCUCCUCCUGACCCUCACCACUCACCACUAACACCAAUGACACACUAGUCACCACUUCCAAGUCCUAUGGUGAUGAUGGUGCUUACAUGGUGCAUCUCCCUCUCUCUCUCCCUCCCCUCUCACCAUCCCUCAUCAUCACCACUCUUCUGUUUCUCGUGGUGGUGAUGAGUGACAUGGUGAAGGUUUGUCAAUGGUGCCAUAAAUCUUUGCACUGUCAUCCCUUUACUUGUCAUCACCAUUAUGUCCUGUGGUGGUGAUAAUGGUGAUAGUAGUGAUGGUGAUGAGAUCUCAGUCAUCACCUGUCACUGUUGUCUUAGAUGUGGUGAUAUGAUGGUGAUAAGAGUUAAGAUCUGUCACCACUAUCACUUCAGUUAUGGUGAUGAUAUGGUGUUGCGAAAUAUUACGAAUCACUAUAAUUGAAAAGAUGGUGAUGACAUUUGAUUCUUACUUUUUGUCAUUACUGUUGCCCUGAAUUAUGGUGAAAUGAUGGUGACAGGCGCUAAGACUCAUCUGUCAUCACCAUCGGUUCAGUUAUGGUGAUGAUAUGGUGUAAAACCUUAAGCAUCACCACUACCACUACUACUAUAAUGGUGCGUGAUGGGGAUGGUGAAAAUGGUGACAGAUCACUAUCACCACCACACUAAAGGCAACGGUGACGGUGAUGGAUAUGAUAUUACUCUAACGUCACUCUCACCACACCCUCACUAUCACUAUCAGCGGGUGGUGACGAAGAGGGGAGUGAUGGUGACAGCCUGGUGCACUCCCCCUUGGUGCGAUGCUACUGCUUCAAGUGUGAUAAAGAAUGACCUCCUGGUGAUCUUAUUGGUGACUUCGCUGCCCUAGACUGAAUGAGUGACCUGGUGAACUGAGGAACUGGAGAAAUAUGGUAAAAAAGAAAAAAACAUACUAUACGUUCUUCAUAGGCUGGAAUUUUUGUCUAUUUAUUAUUUUUUCAGCUUUUUUUUCAUAUAUAUUCCUGAAAUCAGUGAACUGCGAUAGUAUAUAUAUGAAACAAUCUGCAUACGAAACAAACACAUACACGCACGCACAUACACGAUAGUGAUGGAAAAUACAAAGUUAUCGCUGGGAAGUUAAUAGUUUAAAAAGUGGUGGAAUUGUGAAGUAUUUUAAAAAAGGUGAUAGAAAAAAAAAUGGAGAAAAGAAGCUUUAGUGUGACGCUUUAAAAAUACUAGAGAGAGAGAAAGAGAGAAAGAGAGAGUGAGAGAUGAACGUGUCGAGAAAAUGGAGAAAGUGAAGCUUCGUUUGUUAGUUCGAACCGCUACCAACGUAUUCCAAAAAUGAUGUUGUGAUGUUAAAAGUAAAUUCUGUAAUCCGUAAAAUGAAUAAACUUCCACAAACAAUGAAAAAGGAAAUAAGCACACCCAUGAUGCACAAAAAACGUCACCAAAUGGACAAGAGAAAAUGGUUCAGUGUGGACGAUUCGAACAAGGAUAUGAAGCCAAGAAUCAUCAUUUUUCGACCACGUGAAGCUUCGGAGCAAACGAGACACUUAACCACUAACAAGAAGCAGACGGGAAAAAACACACACACACACACACACACACACACACAGGAGAAGAGAUACAUCAAUAAACUACAAAUAAAAGAACGAAUAUGUAAUCAAAUAAGAGGAAAGUAAAACAGUGACAGAUGAAGGAACUAAAAUGAUGAUAGAAAACGAAUACCAGAAAAAAUAGUGAUCACGGAAAGUACUUGAAGGAAAAAAAGGAAAAUAAUUACACCAGAAGUUUAACAAUAAGUAUUCCUCACUCCCUCUCUUCGUAAAAUGAAAAUAAAGAAAGAAAAGAAGAAGUGCUGCUGUAGAAAAGAGUACAAGAAAACUAUAAAAUGUGAGGAAAAUAAAGAAGAAAACAGUGACAAGUUAGAGGAACAAUGAAAAAUAAAAAGGGUAGAAAAAAAAGCUAGAAAAAUAAGACGGCAGUGCUAAAGUAAAAUGACGAAUAAAGAAAUAGAAAAAAUGAACGACUGAAGGAAGAAGAAAUAAAGAAAAAAUAACAAAACGAUAACGGAUUAGAGAAACAACGUAUGAAAAUAAAACAAGAAUAAAAUAUAAAAGGAAAAGAAAAAAAUAGACUAUACUGCAGUGAAAUGACGAAUAAGAAAAUAGAAUAAAGAAUAAAAACUACUAAAGAAGCGGAAAAAAAGGAAAUAUUAAAGAAAACAAACACACAAGCACGGCAUAAGGUGAAGUGGUGAAGUAGGACCGUGGGAAAGUACUCCAUAACAUUAGGACAAACACUGUAGUGGUGAACGUUUUGUGUUUCUGGUGAGCGAUCGCAAACGUGGAUAAGCUGAACUGAACGAUAUGGAGUGGCGAGCGCCCGAAGUACUCUGGCACACUGAACGAACAUUUAUGGAACGCUCUUACGUAGACGAGGGGGAAAAAAAACAGCGAGAUGUAUUAUGAAUAGAUAAUACUCAACGUUUUCCAAAGGAUGACGAAUUAGCAUAUUAGUUACGGAAGGGGGAAAAAAUGUAUACAUAUAAAUACGUAUAUAUAUAAAUGAGUAUAUAUAUAAUAAGUUUAGUGGAAUACUUAGUGCUAAUUGAUAAGCUUUCAAUUAUGGGAAGCUGCUUUUGUCGUGAUGAUGGUGAUGAUAAUGGUGAUGAUAAUGGUGAUGAAGUACGCUGACAUUAUUAAUAGCUGUGGUGGUUAUGGUGAGAGGGAUUGUAUUAGCAGUGGUG